AUGUCAAGUACUACCCCAAAUCACCUUGCGGAAGUGGCGGCAACUGUUGCUGGUCUAGCCAUUGCGCCGGCACAUCAGAGUCCGGUUCCGGGUGGGUCCAAAUGCUACUCUUCGUCAGCCGGCGGCUUCGGCGGCUACGACGUUACUUUAAUCCCGUCCGUCGGUACUUGCAAGGGGGUUGCUGUUGACGGUGUAAAGACUAUUCUCGCGGCCUUCCCCGGUAGGGCUCGAGUGAUACGGGUCAAAGUGAAGUUUACUUCGGCAGCAUGUUGGUGGCAAACAGGCUUUGCUCCCGAUUCGUGGUUCAAUACCUCUCCUGUUAAAGCAAAUGAGACAGAUCUACUUCGUGGGUAUAAGAGGCUGACUCAAGCCGGAAAGCAACUGUUGAUACCCCGCCCAAUCAUGUAUUCCGGAAUCGCAUCGGAAAAGCCGUGCCGUGCCUAUGCUGCCCUUGUUGGUUUGCCAGAAAAGUUUAGUGCGCGUGUAGAUACUCAGGUACCUGGAGAGCACCAGAAACUGGGUUCGAGGCUUGCGAGGCAAUCUCUGAUCGACUGCAAUCCUGUGCCUCUUUUGUGUACACUACGUCAAUUGCCGAGCUUGGACGCCCAGUGA